ACAAAAAUACUACAGCUACUCUGAAUUUAAAAUCAGCUGUUAAAAAAUACCGAAAAACUGUGUAGAUGGCGCUAUCAACUAUUGAAGUGCCAUCACUAGCGGCAAAACUACUAACAUUGUUUUGAUAAAUUUUGUUUUUGGGAAUGGAAAACUCUCCCCGCAUUGUUUACGUCUGCAGCUUGUGCUUGCGCCAAUAUGAUCUUCUGGAGGAUUUACGAGGCCACAUGGUGUACUUCCACGGCUGCCAGGCAGUUUCCCCGCCAGUUGGGAAGAAGAAAACGACAAAAGCGAAGCAGAAAAAAGUCGGAGUGGGUCAGGACCAUGAUGUGCCAGAAGAACCAAUAGAUGACCCGAAGGAUAACCCAAAAGAGCUGCAGCCCAUGCCCUUUAAAGACUUUCGUUUGGUAUUGAGAGCCAACAUGCUGGAACCGUGCUCCUUUGGCAAAGACUGUACAUUCAAGUUCCUGGAUGCCAAGAAAAUGGAACUGCACUCGAGGUGCCACAAGGACAGCAGCUUUGCUUGCUGUGAGUGUGGACUGGAGCUCCCCAAUUGGAGGCGAUGCUCUGCCCACUUGUGGAAGAGCCACCAAGUAGAUGUGGACUUGCUGGAAUGUCCUGCUCUUGAUUGCCACUACAAGUCUCCCGUGUCUGCUCUGAUUUGGCGACACAUGCGCGUCCAUAAGAAGUGGCGACCCAGAGUCCUUCGAUCUCUGGCAGCUGUUCAACGUAGAAAGAAACUGAAGGAGCAAACAGGAGACUUGCUUCCACAGCCAGUGGCGUCCACAAGUGCUUCCAAGAAAAACAAAUACUAUGCGGAGAAGACCUGCGAGAUUUGUAGCCGGAAAUUCGUAAACGGGAAAACGUUGUCGAAACAUGUAAAAACAGUGCACAACAAAAUAAAACCUUUCAUUUGCAACGUUUGUGGCAAGAAGACCGCUCGCAAAGCCAGUCUAAUAAUCCACAUGAGGCAGCACACUGGCGAAAAGCCCCUGCAGUGCGGGGUUUGCAAGUUCUCCACACGUGAUCCCAGUGUCCUGCACAAACAUAGACAACGUCAUGGCAGCCAGGACACCCAGAGCAGCCUCAAAUGUAGCCAGUGCGAUUACCAAUGUAUCCAGGCCAAUGCUCUUAAGCGGCACAUGCGACUCAAUCACCCAGAGGCCUAUCGGGACUUGUGCUGCGAUCUCUGCAGCUACACAUCCAUAAAUGCAGAGAGACUGCUGGCCCACAAACAGGAUCACCGCCAGGGGCUGAUAGUUAACUGUGAUGAUUCGAUGGAUGCCACUGGCUCCACAGGUUUCAAGUACCCACAAAAGCCAGGCGAUAAAAACGGCGAAAUAUCUGCCGAUUGUUUUAUGCCUCUAGAGAGUGUGGAUUCCCUGCCACAUGAACCGGCUGUGGAUACCGGAGGGGUCACAAUCCCAGCACCACCCUCGGAAGAUACUCAAUUUCCAACUUAUUUAAAAGAUUAGGCAGCUAGAAAAGUAGAAGUUUCAAGUCGUGGGGGUAAGCUAGGAUUUUAUGCUUCUCCUUAUAUUUAUUUUUUUUAUUAAAGGGUUUAUUUAUCGUAUUUUAUUUAUAUCUUACAUUGGUCUACGAUAUCUGGGGUUAAAAGUGUGCGGGUUUCCGAAUUGUGCUGUAAAGAGUGCUGUACAAAAUAAUGUUCUCAUGCAGUUGGUUUUGGGGAUUUGAAUGCUCGUUUAUUAAGUUUUUCAGUUUUUCCAUUUAAUUUUAAUAUCAUUUUAGAAUCUGAUAUGAUUUUUGUUUUGUUUUCUUUUAGCAACAUUCGAAUUAUUUAUUCAUGCUAGUUUACCGUGUUCCGUUUUUGGGGUUUUUUUUUUCUUUUUUCAUUACUAUUAGGGUUUCAUAUUAAACUAAUUGUUUAAAAUUUAAAAAUCUACUCUUGCGAUACUCAUCUGGUUUCAGUUCGGCCUUAAGAUCAGAGCGCACUCGCUCGCUUUAAUAAUCUAGGUUACGACAAGGGCAGUUUCGCUAAUAACUGGUUAAGUCCGUUAAUCAUUUAGUUUAGUUAAUUGGUUUAGUAGUUGGGCUUUAUGUUUACAAUAAUUUAAUUAUUUACGCUAGAAUGUCUUGAAUCGUCUGCAGGCCAUCCCAAAAUGAAGUAGUUCCUGCUCUCGUUAAGUUAGCUAUUUAGUAAUUGAACUAAGUAACCACCUUCGGGCCACUUUGAGUUACAAAAAGAAUAGAUUUAAACGUUUAUUGUCUGAGUUUGAUUCGAAUAUCAAAACAUGUUCAGUGUUUGUCAGAGAGAGAGAAGUGCAACUGAGGUGUGCAUUGCAGAAAAGAAUAAUUGGCAAAUAAAACGCUCAAUGUAAAAUUGUUAAUAUCAUACA